UUAUUAAGUUUUAGUGAAUAAGAAACUAUUUGUUAUGCUUAAGCUGUCAAGAAAAGAUAAAAGAAUAAAAAAAGAUGUCACGAUAGUCACCGGCAAGGAAAACUAUUCCAACUAAUAUUUUCGUUUUAAUAGCUUAUAAAAGAUUGAAGGUUUGUGUUAAAAUUAAAAUUAAAAAAUGUUCAGAACGGCAAAGAAUAAAUUUGAUUCGGGCGAAUUAAUGCGAAAAUUAAAAAGGAUAACUGAUGGGAAUUUCAUGACCUACAAAAGGCUAUUUUUGCUGCUAUUGGCAAUUUGUGUGUUCUUUUAUUUGCUGCCUCCAAUAUUCAAAUACCUAUUUAUGAACGCGCCAGAAAAAAAGGAUCCAUUGAUGCAAUGUAUGGAUGAUCGUUUAACACCAUUCUUCUUGCAAAAUUUCGAAUAUGAUGCGAAUAUAAGACAUGUACCUCCACUGCCAAAUGAGCAGAACUCCAUACCAUAUGUCGGAAAUGGUUACAUCGGUUUGGAAAUCACACAGGAUGCACUAUUAAAUAUUAAGUUUGGACGUGCCAUGCAAUUGCCAACGCAGUUUUAUCCAAUAGUUAAUGCUGCAGAAAAGAAUGAAGGUUCGCGGGAGGCAACUGUUGUUGAAUAUUUGACGGGUAUCGUGCACCGAUUUCAGUGUUUUAGCAACUAUUUUGUUUCUUACGCUUAUUACGCGCAUCGUACAUAUCCAAGUAUUUUAAUGCAAGAAAUUAAGAUAACAAAUACAAAAAAUAUAAUGGAAGAAGUGACAUUAAAUUUGCCGCGUGUACAUUUUCAAACGAUAUCGACACGUAACAUGCAGUUGGGCAGCACCAAUAGUGUAAAUAAUGGUAUCAAACAGUUUGAUAUUAUUUCCGGUACUGUGCCACUAGCAAAAUCCAAAGAUUCCACAAAUCAAAUAGUCAUAAGCAUUGUUAAGCCGCAAAUAACAACUACAAUACAAUUGAAAAAACGUAGCACUGCUAGAAUUGAAUAUCCGAUUGCCAUACACUAUUCGAAACCAGUGAGCCAACAGCAACUUAAGGAAGCAACUGAGGAGACAGAAAAUAAAGCCAUACAAGCUAUGACGAGAGCGUUACAGAAACUACAAACCAAAACAGAUACAGUCGCCACCAGCAAUGUAUACAAACAGGAACACAUAAACGUUUGGACAGAUCUUUGGGCAACAGGUUUUGGUAUCAGUACAUCGAAGGCAGAAGGCAGUUUAAAUGGUGAUCGUAUUAAUGCUACAAUGUACGCUGUACUUUCACAAACCCGCAGUUAUGAGUUUGAAGAAUUUGUAUCCCAAACGGCACCAACUAAACAGGAAAUCGAUAAAGCGCUCACAUAUGCAGAAGGUUGCUAUGAUUCAUAUUACACAUUGCAAGCAGAUAAUUUAUGGCUGAAUAUGGAUUCAUUAGAAAACUUAAACAAUGUGGUUUCUUCGUGGAUGUUGACUUUAGAAAAACAGGGUUGCCAUAAUCUUAUACGUGCUGGUGCUUCCGGUGUCAUACAAGCAAUGGUCUUGAGUUUUGGUAGUUUUCGCUUUAGCAAUCAACAUUUGGAAUGCAACAUGCAUCCUAAGACAUUACAUCGCGAUUUUCAUUUCCGUCGUUUGAAUUAUGGCAACAAAACGCAUGUUAAUGUCACCAUACAAGUAACAGAUGACAAUAAAGCCGUUAUAUACGUGGCGUUAGAUAGAUCAGAUCGAAGUUAUUACGCUUGUGACGGUGGUUGCGCGGAUGAACCUAUUUUACUUACUCAAAGCCGGCGUCAAUUUCCAGUUAAAAUAACAGAGCCACUAACGGCUAUUUUGUACAUUACGGAGGAUAAACAGCACAUACAGGAGCUCCAUGAUGCCCUACAUGUGAAACAAGUUGUGGAAGCGCCUGCACAUGAACAGCAUGUGAUCGCUCUCCACAAACAUGGACAUCAACUGGGUGGUUUGCCUACGCUGUUUUGGGUUUCGAUUUGUGCAAUAAUAGUAGUAUUUCAUGUAUUUCUCUGUAAAUUAAUAAUAAAGGAGUAUUGCGAGCCUUCGGAUAAGAUAAGAGAAACUUAAUAGAAAAUAAAGUUUAACUGAGGUUUGAGGUGUUUUGCAACGCAAAAGAAAAAUGAGAAGAUUUAUUGGCCAUCAACAGAAAACCAGCAAUGAAAUUGAACAUGAAUUAACAUUUAAAUUAUAUAUA